GACAGCCCGGUAAUGCACUACCAGUCAAAAAAGUUCAAAUAUCAAGAAGCUUCCUACGUUGGCCGAGUCUCAUUUGGACUCAAGGAUGCAGCGUCAGGCGGGCUGAAUUCAGGUGAUGUGAGCCUGAAGCUGCUGAACGUCAAAACUGAGGAUGCAGGAGAUUUUGUUUGUUAUGUCAGCAGCAGCCAGGGUUAUGACAGUGCACCUGUCAAUCUAAUCGUGACAGCUUCGGGAAGUCCUCCUUUUCUAUCAGUAGUGUGGGGAGAAGAUGACAAGGUGAACGUGAGCUGUGAAUCUGAAGGCUGGUAUCCACAGCCUGUGCUGCGCUGGUCAGACAAGAAGCAGGAUGUGAAACCUCAAAGUCUGGUGUACAGAAAUCUGUCUUCUGGACUUUUUUUAGUCCACAGUUGGCUUCUUCUUUCCUCCACCUCUGAGCCUUCCUGCUCAGUGGGUCUCUCUGAUAAAGAGGUAAAGGAGGCCAAAGUGAGCCUGGGAACUCUUCAUAACACUGCUAAACCUGAGUCAGAGUCCUCGCCAGGUGGGUGGGUGGCCUUUGCACUGCUUCUUGUUGCCACAUUAGUGUUGGCUGCAUUGGGAGUGAUGUACUACAGAAAGAAAGUGAGGAACGCCCAAUCAGGAAGAGACCAAAUUGAUG